UUUCGAAAUACAAAUGUUUGUCUACCACCAAAAUAGAGAACCUUAGCAAUGUUUGAUUUUCAAUGUUAUUAAACUUCACACUUUAUUUUGCUCAUCUGUCUUUUUUAAUUCGAUGGUCACUGAGUCUUAUGCAGACGUAAUCUGCAUCUGGUGUGCAAAAUUUUAAAUCUAAUUUCUAUGGUGAAUUUAUCUACUGCCACUUUGGAUUUGUUAUUAUUCAUUUUGUUGUGGAUUUCGUGUGAUCGGUAGACCACAAACAUUGAUAUCCAUAAAGAAAAUGAAGCCACAGUAUAUACAUGCUAUAAACAUACGAAAAAUUAUAAUAAGAACCUUCGAGUUAGCUGAGCCGUAAGCACGUCUUAUGUUGCAAUUGGUGGUAAGCCUAGGUCAAAAGUAUAAAAAGAACAUCCAUAAGAGGGUUUUUGUCUGGCUGUUGUAUAGAAAGUACUAUAAUUUUAUAUUCUUAAAGACAGGAAAAAGCACAGGAAAACCAAUGAUUUUGAGUAUCGAUCCAUUACACAAAGUCAGUACAUGCAAAAUCAAUAACAAACAAAGAUGCUUUUCUUCAUUUCAAAGUCACAUCGAAGUCAUAAUCACGGACCAAAUAAAACUCUCAUAUCACUGCACGUAUAAAACGGACCCUACCACCGGUAUGAGCAUAAUUCUUUGCAAAAUGAAUAUUGUUGUUUAGGUCUUCAAAGCAACCACAUAUAAUACGAAAAUAUACCUGUUAAAACAUACGAAUAUGAAAAUAAGAAGAUGCGGUAUGAUUGUUAAUGUGACAACUUUUUACAAGAGACCAAAAUGACAUAUAAAUUAACAAAUAUACAGAGUCACCAUCCGGUCUUCAGCGAUAUGCAAAACCCAUACCGAAUAAACAGCUUAUUAUCAGCACUUUCAAAAUAGACCCACAUUAAAAUAAUGCUCUGCCUUGUAUUUACUUUUAUGUAUAUUUGCUGACUGUGUUCUCUUCUCAAUAUAUUUUGAUAUUAUAACUGAGUGUGGACAUUAUGUUAGCACAACAGAAGACGCUUACACCUUCGACGUAGCCGUUCAAGCGAUUCAUCAAAUUUGGAUUUUUUACGUUUAUUUGUAUCUCCUAAAGGGAUACAUACAUGUAAGAUUUGAAUCACGGUAAACCACUGUAGCCUCUUAUUCAUAUAUAAAGGACACACUUUUGAUUGGCUUUUAUCUUAUUUUUUUAUAUUGAUUAAUGAAAAACCUAUAUAAUCUUUGGAAGAAGAAAGAGAAAUAAAAUACUCUGUAAGCAAUUAUCAUUCAUAUUCUAAAUAAAGUAUAAAAAAAUACAGAACUCCAAAUAAAACAUGAAUUCUGCCUAAUGAAUAUCUAAAACAGUGAUUUGUAUUUUGUUCUACAGAUGCCCCAGUUGUUAAAAUAAGAAAAAAAGUAACUAAGAAAAGAUUAAAACUAAUAUGUAAUCCUAGAGGAAAUCCUGACAAUUAUACUUUCGCCGAUUGGGAGCACUGGUCUGAAUUCAAAGAACAUAUUCGAAAUGUUCAAGGGACACCUGACGGUAAAUUGACUCUGAAAUCAAACAAUAUUAACAGCUUACAUGAAAAUGACGGCUUUUACAAAUGCAAAACAACAAACGGUAUCAAUGGUGCAAACGGAAGAUUAUACCAGAAAGGAACAUUCACAUUUUGUUUUUAUAUGUACGGACCGUAUUCAUAUUAAAGUGCAUGUUCAAAUGUUUGAAAGUUGAUUAGAAAUGCCCUUCUAAUUAUAUCUUAUAAGCUAUCAGCAUGCAUCUGUUUAAAUGAUUUAAUUGAAAAAAACUGAACCACGAUAUUUUGCAUUAAAUUAACAUGAUGAAAAAAAUGAUCAAUUUCCCUUUUGCAUGGAAACACUCUUUCGUGCUGUUCUCCAUUCUUACAAUCACAGGAAAAACUUAAAAUACUUAAUCUUAAAGCUUAAGUUAAAAGGUAUUUAUUGUCUCUGGCCGAAACUUUUUCAUUGAUAAGCGUUCCAAAAGACAAGAAAACGUUGUAUUGGAUAUAUCAAUUCAACCAGAUAAAAUGUAUAUUUGAAAUAUGAAUACUGUUGGAGCUGUGAUUUAUAACUUUAAUGUAACAAUUCAUAAUUCCAAAAAGAUAUAAAAAAAAAUGAGCAUCAAUAAUCUAUAUUAACGUGUACAAUGUGUAAAUGAUAUUAUCGACAUUUUUUUAAUUUGCUUUUGUUCCUAAUCCCUAAUAUUGUGUUAAUAGAUCAUGAACAGAACCUGAAAGUCGGAACAUUCGGCAAUUACGUCACGUAUCAGCGAGGCAACGUCACGCGUUUCUGUUCAUCUGCGACUUCAUUCGUAAAAGUCAGCAUCAAAACCAAAAUGUCAUUAUUCUAUAUAUAUAUUUCAUUUAAGCUCCACCGAUAUUUGUGAAUGCAAAUAAACCAAUCCAGUUUGGUAGUUACGGUCAGAAGAUAAAUUUAACAGUACAUUUAUACAAUGAGUAUGGCACAAUAUACAAUAAGUAUGGCACGAUACAAACAACUAUAUCAAAACUAAACGAGCCUUUGAAUAUACAUGGAAGACAAGAGAGGAUUGUAACACACAACAUAAUCCAUGGUGUAGAUGUAACAGUAUAUGGUAUAAAGAUAACAUUCCUACUGACACUGGCUAACAUAGAAGAUUUUACAGAUUAUACAAUUAAAGCUUGUAACUACAAGGCGUGUAAUGUUUUUACGGUGAAGGUAACAUCAAAUUGUCGUCCCGAGCCUCCACCAUAUGUGUCAGUAAUUCCAUAUGCUAGAUAUCUGGAAGUUGUGUGGAAUCCUGGAUUCGACGGGGGUUACCAGCAGACAUUUUUCGUAGAAUAUCAACAAGAAACCGAAAAUAUAUGGAGACGGUCUGGACCUGUUAUUGAUACGAAACAAGUUAGGAUGUCAAAAUUCGUAAAUGAAUUGAAUCCAAAAACUCGAUAUCGUGUUCGGGUAUUGUCAAAAAAUGAAAUUGGAGAAAGCAAUCAGACGGUUGUGACUUCUGUGAUGACGUUAGCUGAUCGCCCCGAACCUCCUACAAAUGUAUCAGUAAUUCCAUAUGAAAAACAUCUGGCAGUGUCAUGGUGUCCAGAAUAUAACGGAGGUGACCCUCAGACGUUUUUCAUAGAAUAUCGACGAGAAGCCGGUGAAAUGUGGACACGGUCAGGACCUAUUAUUGAUAACAAGAAGGUUAGGAUGUCAAAUCUCCUGUAUAACAUUAACCCAAAAAGACGAUACUUUGUUCGGAUGUUAUCCAGAAAUGAAAUUGGUGAAAGUAACAAGACGGUUGUCACUUCUGUGAUGACUUUAGAGCCAACGAUUAACAUAUAUCGUGUGAAAGCUGUGUUUGUAGUUUUAUUGAUAGUUAUUGCAGUUGUUCUAUCCAAAGAGAUGUCUUUAGUUGUAUUGCUCGUUUUAGCAGUCAUUUUAGCUGUUUACGGAUUGAUUACUUUUUUCUUUCUAAGAAGAAAAGAAAAAGAUGCAUCUGACAACUACAAUCCGAGGGAGGAAGAAGUUAGAGAAAACUUUCAAGUGGAACCAGUUGACAACCAGCUCUAUCUUUCAUCUGAUGACCCGGAUUUAGCUCAUGUACAUAACUUACGUAAUCAAAGCGUAACAAAUACAAGUUUGCCAUCAACUUCUCGUGAUAACCAAACUUACCAGAUGCAACUUCAUAACGAAAAUGGAGCAAUUGUUCGAAGACCAUGUACUUAAUAUAUAAACAGGGGCGUGGUAUCAUCAGUGAAUAACCGUCAGAUUUGUGAAACAAGUCUAAACUAUACGGAAAUUACAUUCAACGAAGCACCGACAAUGCAUGAUGCUGCUAUACAUGGAACAUGUGGAAGUGUUAAUAGAACAAUUUAUUCUGAAAUAGAUUUAAUGGCAGAUCCUGUAGCGCCACUUUCUAGCAGCGAAAGUGAAUGCGAUGACAGCGAUGAGAGUGAUAUCUUAUUCCUGCAUAUGUAAAAUAUUAAUAGUUAAUACAGAGAGUAGAGAAAGCAACGUGUCGUACUUUAUAUAUAUAUAUUUAUGAUUUUAACAAUAAAUUGAGUAAGUAAUGAUGUAGUAAUUAAUAAGUUCAUGAGAAUUUUCUUAUACGCGAGCCUACCUAAUGAAGAUACAUGUAUCCGUAGGAAUUGUAUAAUUUGUUGUUAUUAUGUCAUUUAGUCGGCAUUCUGCUGAUGGAUAAUCCUCACAUGUACAGUAACUAUUGCUUUGAUAUUGGAAUGCGUUAAAUGAUAUAAUUAGUUAAUUUCUGGUUGUUUAUGGAAAUAUUAUAAAAAUUUGGUUGCUACUGCUUUAGACAAAAUUGACCUUCAACGGUGAUAUUCGUUUUAUUGAAGUCAAUUUGGUUUGAAUUUAUCAACCGGAUUUUUGUUUUCUGUUGUUUUUUUGUUUAGAUUUGUGCAAGUAGAUUUUGAAAUGCAUGCUAUAAACACGUGUUGUCAUCAAGGAAAUAAUAUACAAAAUUUGUAGAUAGAUACUGUAUUAACAUGAUUUACUAACUUGCGCUAAUUCUGAGAUGUGAAGGAGAACAGUCUUUUAGUUUGUUUAUCAACAUAAUUUGUAACAGUAUGGAAUAAUUACAUUUAUAUGUAUGAAUCAACCAGUCUUCACAUAGUUCAAGGCUGAUCUGUUCUUUCUAAAGCUCUAACAUAUUGAAAUGAAUAGUAAUAAUUGGAGGUAUAUAGGCAGAUGGAGAAAAUUAGAUUAUGACUGUCAUGAUUAAUACUGCAUAUAUACUGUUUACUAAACGAACAAUGCCUGUGUCGAAGUUAAAAAAAACUAAAGUUCAAAGUCUUGUUUUAAAUGGUGUGACUACAGUAUCCUUUUUUUAAUAAUUACGUGGUCACGUGUGAUACUAUUAUUGACAUCUUCCUGCUACUUCUUAUAUACUCUCUAAGGAAAUGAGCUUUUGAAUCACCUGUUCUCAAGUUUUACCUAUCAAUAAAUGUACAUUAUUUACCUCAUUUAAAGUAUUAUUUAUCGAUCAAGUACAUCCGACUGCUGUUCACAAUAUCAUAUGUACAUAAUUAGUCCGUCAGAUACCAGUAUUUCUAAUUUUUUUUUAGAUUAUAUUACAUUUGAAUUUUACAGGUGGCACUAGAUUAAAGUAAAUUUCAUCUUCUUACGUGAUAUUCUUAAUGAAACAAUCAAAACAGUACGAUGAAAGACAAAAUGAUAGAAAAUAUGAAAUAUUCUAUGGAAAAUUUAAUACAAAUUAUUCGUAGAUUGUUUUCAAAGCGGUUAGCGCACGCUCUAGAUAAUACCUCAAAGUUAAAAGUAGUUAACCAACUGAGUUAUGUUUGCAAGAACUAUCAGUACAUUUAUUUUUGAUAGUACAGAAAUAUGAGUGUGAAGAUUUAUAUGUUUUACUCUGUUUGAUGUUAAUUUGUAGUAUACAUUGCUUUGUUUUUUUACAUUUAUUUAGCUGUAUCAUUAUUAUAUAAUGCAUAUUUUAUUUACUAAUUUUUCAAUGUAUAGCUUUAAAAAAGUAUCCAACUUA